UCGGGGCGCGAUAAACACGGGCGAGAAAUGAGAAAUGCAGUUGCGCUGGGUGUUUCCUUGGCGUCAGUCCGUUGCUCGCGGCGAAAAGUGAAAUCGCGCCCUCACCUCGUGGACUUGUCGGAUAUUCGGGGUGGGAUUCUCGUCCAGACUACGUCCAGACUGUAGCGCGCUGCUCUGCGGGAUCCCACCGCACGCUGUCUUCCUUGGGGAACUUUCGCUGCAAGCGCAUAGAGGCCGCCAGCCACCUUUCGCAGGACGUUUCUCGCAGAAUACAUACACACGUCGCUGAACUCAACGACGGAACGUCGUCCAUGUCCGGAGCACAUCACCCUGAAUGCGUCGAGGUGGACUGUUCCUGCGUGGGUAGCGGAAUGACACGUGUGGGCAACCAAACGAACAGUACGGACCCGGCGGCCGUCAACUCGCGCAUCUUUGUGGGCAACCUCAACACGCACGUCAUUUCCAAAGAAGAUGUCGAGCGACUCUUCAAGCGCUACGGCAGGAUCAUCGGCAUAUCCAUGCACAAGGGCUACGCCUUCGUCCAGUACACAGACACGUACGAUGCACGCAACGCCGUACUCGGAGAAGAUGGGCGGACCAUCGCAGGACAGAUACUAGACGUUAACAUGGUUUCUGAGCCGAAGCCUCACCAGGUAAACAGAAAAAGGCAGAACUUUGCUGCAGACCCUUUCGCCACUCCACGCCAGUUGGGCUCCCCAGUGAAACGUGCGCGGACAGAAUUGGUGAGCUAUCGUGCCGGCGGCAGCAACAAAGGUGUCAUCAAAAAGAAGCUGCAGACGUAUGCCGAUCCAGAUAUCCUCAUCUGCGGCAACUGCCGUGAGGUGUUCCCGGGGUUACAGAAGCUACUUGAACACAAGCGUCACCGAUGCCGGCUUCGUUUCACGUGUCGUUGUCAAGUCAAUGGCAUGCUUCCGCUGGAGAACUCUGUGGAUAUGCCAUCGCCUGUCUGUGCCCAGUGCCUCACGAGAUGCGGAAGCUGGUGGGAGCUGGUCUGUCACGUUGAAGGAGCGCAUGGAAUUUCAGUCUACCAUCACAGCCUAGAGACAUCGCCCGGUUCUGAAGACCACGAGCCAAAGAGUGUCCAGACGGAUGACCAAGCCGAAUCCCUAAACAAUGAUGGCACGUGCGAAGAAGAAGCGAGUGUUGCAUCCGACUCUCACAUUGAUGACUGGGCCACACUCGUUGCCGAAUGUGUGGAGAAUAACUCGGACGAAGGAGUAUCAUCAGUGCCGGAUUCUAAUGACGAGGAUGGCGACAAGAUCACCAAGGAUGUCCGCCCCGGCAUCGUCGCCCAUGACACCGUCGAAAAAGGUGUGGACACGGCUGACCUCCAAAUAGCUAUCGUUGUGGGUCAGUCGUAAAUACAGACGGUUUGUUGACAGCAACAUAAGUCAUAUCAGCUGAGGGAUUACUUUGUGGUCACUAACUCGGUUUUUAUGGUUGAUAUGUACGUUGCCAAGCACUUACUUUGGGCACAGCAAAAUAUAUUUCAAAACUGUGAUUGCACAUGUCAUGGUGGAACAUGUCGUCUGCGAGAGUGCCUCUGUGCUGUGAUGCUCCUCUGUCGUGCUCUCGCUUUCUGUGUCACGGACACUCCCAAACAUUGCUGAUGUUGUAGCUUACCCGCGUCUCUGAGACUGAGGUCACGGCAUUGCUAACAGUGUCGAGCGCACUGUUUUACGUGUUUAUUAUUUUAAUUCGCCGCUUAUGUUCGAUGUUUACUGACUUUAAUUCGACGUAUACUGUCGUGAAGCUUAACCGCAGCUGCAUUUUAUGUUAGCAACCAUGUGUUCCACAAGUGUGUAUUUAUGCGUGUCGAGCUAUAAGUGACGGGCGAUGGUGUUCGUUCGUUCAUGAAACGACUAUUUUUUACGUCGAGGUAUUUAGCGCUGUGAUGGUAGCUGUUUCCUGAGUGAUUGUGUCUAAACCGUGUGGACUGCCAGAUGCGCUUAUAUGGCAGAGCAUGACAACGCUUUCAUCAUGAACUUACGUCGUCACAGACGGUGUUGGCAAACAUCGACGUUAUUUUUCUUAAACUCUUUUUCGUGGCCUUCAAUGACGCGUUUCUCAGCCCUUAGCGCGUCGCAGUUACGUUGCAUUCUGUGUACGGUACCGAAACAACGCCACUAUGUACGGGCGUCAUAUUGCGCUUCAGCUGGAAUAAUAAACGAAGCUCAAACAGUAUGCACACGCCAGCACGAAGGUAGAGUCAUCCUCUAUUGGGCGUCUGUGUCCGCAUACUAUUCUUCUAAUGUCUUCCUGUACAUCCAGUAUUCCAUGACCACGCUGCAGAUACGUUUGAGUCGCCGUAAGCGAUGCCAUUUUAUAGCAGAAUUUUACGCACGCGCCCUGCCUUCUUCCCUCGCACGGUGCUACAUAAUUUCAUUGCUUGAUGUAGACUGCUAGCUAAAAUACAUAUAUCGGUGUUACUGUACCUUCACUAAACCCAACUUGUCUUGAGUGCACUCACAGCCGAUUUUUUUUUCUUUUUUCUUUCUCAUCAUUGUUCUUGUAUGGUGGUCCAUGAAGCAUGGCAUAGUAUGCCUUAUGACUUGAUGUAAUGCACAUAUAAUUUCCACAUUACUACUCAUUUGCAUACGUCAUAUCGUUUCUUAUUCAUGUUCGGCUUGUUUUUUUUUUAUUAUCGUCGUUAAUAUAUGAUUGCACUCGACCAAUUGAAGUUAUGUAGUGUUAAUACAGUCGUACAAAAUGUCAAUAAACAGAAAAAAAAAGGAGGAUUAUAAAACCGUGAACGAGAAUCUACGCUAUAUAUUGUUUGGAGAAUAAUGGUUGUGAAAGCUGAUCUAAGUGAAAGCAGUUUUAAGUCAAAAGUGUUGACAUAUCUGUCACUUUAAUGUACAACACGGCCUAAGAGACGACUGCAAAAACUGAAGCACUUUAUAUCACCUAACUGUGCAGUCAUUGUGGACCUUUAUGAUUUUUUGCGAGAAUCUGGCAUAUGGACAUGGCUUUUCUUUCUUUUCGGUUGUUGUUAUUGUUGUUAUUGACUAGGUUCAGGAAAGCGCGAGAGGUGUACGUGGUGGACUAGGUAAAUACAGACAAGCUCGCUACCUUUGUGGUGAAGCUCAGGUCUAACCCACCGUUAACUACAUGUUUUUGUUUUCUCUCUUUUCUUUUUCUCUCUCUCUUUCGGGAAGUAGUUUUUUUUUUUUUUUUUUUUUUACAACGACCUUUUAUGCAUUGUUGUGGUACACCAUACAGCAAAUGUGGUUCGCAUAGCAAGCACAUCGACAAGAUUAUCAGGCUGAUGCGCUCGUAUUGCCUGGGGCGUCGAGGCUUAGGUUAAUGACGAUUCGAGUAGAAAAUUUCUGUCUGCCGUUUUUGCGCGCCAGAUUUCAAACGCACCUCGUUAAUUGAAACGCAAGUUGUCGCAUUGUAUGGGAUAUCCCACAUUGAUGCAAAAACUUCAUGUGAUUGUUGUCGUGCCUAUUGCCCAAGAUUUUCUCCUCGUUUCUCUGCUUGUCAUUGUAUCUUACCGUAAUUUUGCUGUGAGGUGGUUAGAUGAAUGAAUGUGCUGGAUUGUAAGAACGGCAAUGUGGGCUUACUGUGCACUUUGCCCAGAAAAUGGGUUUGAAUUCGUGUACGGCAACGAAACGUCACAAGAAUUUACGUUAUUGACCACACUCAGGACCUGAUGUCUUCCGCGCGCUCUUUAAUAUAUAUUCCUUCUCGUGACCAUCGCUUGCGUAACGCACGCUGGAAAUUAUCAGGGUGUCGUAGUACUGACUCAUCUCCUCGGAAAAGCAUGCGUAAUCUUGUUUGAGAAAUUCGUAACUUCGUAGUGGUAACAUUAGCCAUGUCCGAGUAGUGUACCUGGGCACCGAUCUUGAACGCUGACAUAGCAAGCGUUAUCGUUAUAUCUAAAGAUCGCGCGCUCCAAAGCCCUUUUGGUAGGCUCGCGCAAGAGCUCGUGACGAAACUCGGGAGAAGUGAUGCACUUAACGCGCGUUAUGGGAAUAACGACAAGUUCGAGAUCUGGGCCCUGGAGUUCGAAGAGAAGAGUGCUCCUCCUACAGAAACUAAUUUAACUAAUUUAAGAUUUCGAACUAUGUUCAGUUGUGUUGAGAAAGCACGCAAGUUAAAUUCUCUAUUCUAAAAGGACGCUAUGGGGCCUUGGACUUGAUCGGAAAUUAGUGUUGUGUUCGAUUGUGAGUUUAAGGUGUAGAUACUCUAUGCAAACUUGCAUUAGACAGAAUGUUUUUGUGGAUAAACAGGAGAGCGAACCAUAUGCUUGAACAUGUGCAUAUCCCAUCUCGGUUCUACGGUGAUGUUGCAUGUGCAGGAGUAUACCUUUGCAGCAGCCGCAGGGUUGAGCAGCCAAGAUAAAGAUGACGAAAGACUGUUUUGAGAUUUGUGAAAUGUAAUCAGCACGUGCAUGUGAUCCAGAAUCGGUGGCUCCCAUACUUCGCAGAACAAAGACAGGAAGUAGUUGAUGGUGACGCCACGGAAGCGAAAACACUGGCUAUGAAAUUCAAUUAUAAAUUGCAUAUUAUUCAGCUAUGUUCAUAUCUGAAUGGAUGAGCUGAGCGUUAUCAAAAUAUUUUCUCUUGCAAUCGUGUCUCUGGGCUGUCGCUGUAUCUGCACUUGAUAUUGAGCUAACCAUUGAACCAGUGUUUGAUAAAGGUGUGCCAAUAAGGUAGGUGAGCAUAACACGUGCAAGCAUGGAUUGUUUUAUGAAUUCAGUAUGAAAUUUCUGUGCUCGUCCCAAGUUAGCUUUCUAUUGCAAAUUGGCGGUACAAAACCUUCAACUGCAUUGCGGCGUAUUCGCUACGAGAUCGACCUAUAGGGGGCGACACUGUCACCAUUCUAGUGUGGAUAACACGUGGGCCGAUGUUCGGAUUUGAUGGUUCUUUUUUCUUAAUUCUUGUGUAUAUUGGCCGGAAGAUCACUUGUGCCGCGAUGGUACGAUACUAUUCGGUUAUCCCUACGGCACUGAACGCGGAAUAAACGUGUAAAAGCAGACGACGCGUCCACACUGCGAUAGUUCUCUGUUCUCCGCAGCACGCCGACACCGUUCGAUCUCGGAGCGAAUAGUUCUUGUCAAACACAUGCGCGUGACAAGUGUGCCACCCAGAUACACGUUUUGAGAUACGACAAGAUACGCCCACCGCAAAGACAACAUGCCCUUGACGCAAGGCGACAGCGGAUCCGAGGUAAAAAUUUUGCGAUAACACCUCGAAAACGCGCGCGACAGAGGAGUGGGCAACUUCUUGCCAGCUCAAAUAUCCUUCGCCUUUUUUGUCGCUGUCACUUCGCGAACGCAGGUACUGUGCAAGGUGCGAGAGCGUAUACUUAAUCCGAUGCCAGACACAAGCUAUAUCGUGUGCUAAUUACCCCCAUGCGACUUAGCAAUUAGCAACUCAUGAAUAAACCUUUAUGAACAGAAAAUGAUUGCUAUAUAUUUGCGUUAUUCUCGCGAUGUUAUUCUAGGAAACGCAAAAUCAUAGUGCACUGCCGGUGGUAAUUGCUAAAGCGACAAAAAUGUGCAUUAUCAUGUGCUUCUCUGGCAUCGGAAUGGUGCAAGCGACUGUCGAGUUGAGGGAAUGUUCUCGCAAUGUAUUCCGCACAUGCAAUUCAAAAAGAAGCAAAAAAAAAAAAAACGAGUAUGGGCUGUUCACGAGUGAAAUAGUAAACAUCUUUAACACAAAGCCCCGCAUAGGCGAGUGUAUAAGCAUACGAGGAAAAAUUAAAAAAAAAACAUAAUAAAAAUAUUUGAGCAAGGCGAAUAAUGUUCAAAUAAACGACAUAUUUGUAAAUCUCAGUACGCGAGUCAAACUGAAUGUAGAAUACAUUAUUCGAAGGAAAUAUUCCCACCUAGUGCUUUGCUAUUUUAUUUUGCUGCUCUAUACGCGGUACACAGCUUCUUUAACAUCCGUCGUGUACGCAUAAACGACUUUGGUAACAACCUGAUCGGCUGUGAGCUAACGCAAUAGCAAAUGCUUCUCUUCAAAUGAUCAGUUGAAAUCAUAUCAAGACAUGACGAAUACAGCGAUCAGACGGGAAAAAAUUCAGGGCAGCUGCAGCAGUGAAACUUCAAAAUGAGCAGAAAAAGAAAGGUGCACAUGGUGUAAGGGUGGUAUAUCUGCUCAAAUGUAUAACGUGAGUCUUUUCUUUAUUAAAAAUACACUGCUGACAUAACUGAGGAACCCUGUAGACACAGAACAGCGAUGCUGUUGUCCUGAGUUAGGUCAGCAUGUACGCAGGAAGGAGAAGGUCACAUCCUAUUUUCAUAAGGCUCUACAAGAGAGAUGCACUGUUGCGGCUGAUACAGUUGCAGUCAAUUGCGAACCAGCACUCCUUGACUGGCACUCAUAACAUGCCGUAACUUGUUUGUAGACUAUGCACAUACAUGCGCGAAUAAUAAGCGAAUAUUGUAUGUAUGUGUAUACAAUACAGGUGUUAAGGGGUCAAUAUGGCUCUCAUUUAUUUGGUUCUGUUAAGGUGCAGAGAAUAGUGCUCCUUUUGUCGCUGUCAUUAUAGUAUUGCUACACCAAAGCCUUGACUUUGGUUCCAUCGAAGUGUAACCAAUGAAAGGAAAGCUAUAUUGGAAGUGUUGUAUUUAUUCUGUUGUAUGUGCGACGGACUGUCGAGCAGAGUCGGCAGUACGUUUUGAUGUAACGGGCUUCCCAUUUCUCGUUGUUCUGUCAGUCUAUCAGCCUGUGUACAGUUGGCCACGACGAACAUUUCGCAUUUUCUGUAGUCACUGUGUUUCUGAGUAGUUGUUUACAGUGUGGUUAUCUAUUGACAAGAAUUGCUUAGGUGCAAUAUAAUUAGAAAAAGAAAAUACAGCGCACAGAUGCAGGCGAGCUGAAUGUCCCGUGAUUUGAUGAGCCCAAUGCACGUGACACGUUGUGAGGACAGUUAUGAAUGUAUAAUUUAAUAGGAAGACGGGCUUACGAAGGGAAGUUCCAAAUAUAGCGUGCGGUGUGCUUCACUAGCUAACAUUUGCAAUAUUUUGCAAUCGUUCCCGUAAUGUUGUUCGCGGGAAGAUAUACUUGCUCAGGUAAGCGCAAGCCAUUAAAGCCUAUGACAUGGGUUGGUGAUCGGGUUUUGUCUAGAAAUCUUUUGUGUCUGCAAGCCUGGUUCACUACCACGAACAAGUGCGCUCCCGGGCUGAUCCUGUCAUGAUAUCAGUGAGCAGCUAGUCAACAUAACGUCGGUCUCAUAAUUUAUGAACCUCGUUUCGGUGUACGUGGCAGUUAUAUAUGUAAAAAAUAUGUGGAGCAGCGGCUCUCAUGUACACACAUCCAUGUAAUACGUAUAUUCAAUGAACAAUUUUAUCAGCACCAAUAAAUCAUAUCACAUGUU